UAUAACCAGUUGAUGUGAAGCUCAGUGCUACAUUUUCUGCAUCAGAGGAAAAUAUCACACAAUACAUGUAUAGGAUUUUCACAAUGGCAGUAAUUUUACAAGUUAUAAUAUUUUGUUUUUCUUGUAGUGUUUUUGCCUCGGCAAGUGAAGUAGCGUGGACCUAUGGAGAGACAAACGGCCCCACUCAGUGGAGGAACUCUUAUCCUAUAUGCGGUCUGACCAGUCAGUCCCCGAUCAACCUCCCCGAUACCGAGGACAUGAUCUUUGACCCUAGUUUAAAACCAUUCCAAUUUUCAGGAUUCAUCAACCCACAGGAUUACAAAUUAAAAGUUCUCAAUAAUGGUCACACAGUAAAAGUAAGCGUGGAGGAGGGAAAUCUAAUGGUGGAGGGAGGCGGACUCCCAGGGCGAUACAAGACCGCCCAGUUCCAUUUCCACUGGGGAAGGGACAACACACAGGGAUCGGAGCAUCUUUACAGCGGCACACGUUACCCAAUGGAGCUCCACGUGGUCAACUAUAAUGAGAAGUACGGAAACUUAUCGAACGCCGCCUCGCAGGCAGGAGAUGGUCUGGCUGUACUCGGCUUCUUUUUUGUGCCAAAUGGAAAUACUGAUAACAGCGCUUUGACCACUUUAUUAAAUAAAUUUAAUGACGUUAAAACAAAAGGGUCCAUGACAGAACUUACAGGUUUUAAUAUCGGUUUUAUGCUUCCACUUUCGAGCGGAAAUGCCGAUCGAUUCUACAGAUAUUCCGGAAGUUUGACGACGCCCCCGUGCUUUGAGAGCGUGGUGUGGACUAUCUUUGAGAAUACUAUCCCAAUUUCUGACUCACAGCUUGGUAUGUUCCGAAUGCUGCAAGAGGAUGAUACACCAAAUAGCGAUCACGUGAUUGUAGAUAACUUCCGGCCAGUACAGGCUCUGAACGGUCGCCAAGUGAGGAAGAGCUUUGCGAGUUCCGCUUCCGGGCUUCAGAUUUCUUUCUUAGCUCUGUUUCUCGUACUAUCACGUCUCCUUUAGGGUAUUUGUAAACACUAGUUAUAGCUUAUAUUGGUAACUUAGAUUCUUUUUAUACUUCAGCAGUGCAAACUUUUAAUUCUUAAACAUCAAAAAAUUUUAUUGUCUAUACAACAUGUUCAAUACAGAUAUUAAUUAGCAAAGGUUAGUGUGAUUAUUAAUAAAUCUGUUCUCUACCAUAGUCUUAAUGAAAUAUACAGUGUAUUAUGUGCAUAUUUCUUAAUUUUCUUUAUAUAACGAAACCUUCACUAAAAUACUAAAGCAUUUUGUACAGUUUGUAUUAUUGAAAACGUUGAAAAUUUAACAGAAGGGGACAAACAAAUUUAAGAUAUGAACGAUCAGCAAAAGAGCUAUUUGCUGUACUUAUUCAUAGAUAUUUCUAUCACUCACUUUUUUUGUAUGUUUUUAUAUUCAUCGUAAUUGUUUUACAUCACUACAUUUGAGUGUUCGUGUGCGAGUGAUAUGACUGUAUCGGCUGUGUAAUCCCCAGUCUACCAACAUAACAUGCUCAUUCAUACGCGUGGAUAAUUCAUUUGUAUGAUAUAAUCCUCUUCUGAAUCAUUCAGUCUUUAUGCUACAUAAAUUCUGUAGAAUAUCAAGGCAGUUUUCCGAUUUAUAAGAAUGUCAUUUGAUCAAACUGAGGGAAAGAAUUCAUUCUUUGUUUUUUAGCAAAUUAGGGGCAGUGAACAAAAUUUGUUAUUUUUGACCACUUUGAAUUUUUAUGCCAUUUAAAUUGUUUUUGUACAUUCAGUUUUGGAGUCAGUCAUAUUUAUAAGGUAUGAUCCUCAAACAAAUUCAAAUGUCUGCUCUUUAUCUCUGCAUUUGAGAGAAUCGUAAACUCAUGAGAA